UGAUCCUAUUUUAAAAUUACCGGGUCCGGUAUUAUUAAGUACAUUCUUUCGUAUGUCAUUUCUAUUACGUGAACUAUGGACUGAAGAACUAAUAGCCGGAGAACAUUUAAGAAUACACCCAAAUAUUUUUUAUUUGGAGAACUACAAUUUUUUUGGAAUCGAACGAAUUGGAGGCACAUUUUCAUAUCUGAAAAACACAUAUAAUCAAAAUAUUAAAUCGAAACUAGGACCUCCGUUCGACAACCGAAAUGAUGAUGAUGAUAUUGAAAUCGACGUUGAGGAUGAAAUGAUAGAAAUUAAUUCGGCGGCUGGUUUGAUUACCGUUUUAACAAGAAUCCUUAGGAAUAAUGAAGACAGAAAUGCAAACACUCAUAUCGCCGAUGCUGUCAUGAAUAGAAUAUUGUCGUUUGAUCAUUUGCCUACCGACAAAAAGCAUGUAUUUUCUGUGUUGCUAAACAAUAUAAUGUGCUUAUAUCACGUAGCUAGCCAUAGACAGUUAAUUGAAUAUGUAGCUUUCAAAGACAGAUUAGUCGAUUUAUCGAUAGAUUAUGCUAUAGUAGACUAUGAAUUAAAAAUUUCCAACGAAAACGUGGACAUGUUAGAGCACACUCUUAAGGACAUUGAAAAAAGAAUUUGUUUAUCUAUGAGGCAUGUAGCCUGGCUGAAGAGUUUGAUAUUUGUAGACGCAAAUGAACGAAUUUUAGAAUGGAUUCUCUCGAUCGUUUCGAACACAGUAAAAUAUUGUUCAGAUGUUGAAGACGAAUUGUUCAGAUUCGUCCCAGAAUUUUAUAUAGAUAAUCUGAUGGGGUUAGCUGUUUUAUUGCCUGAUUACACUAACAUAAUCCAGAAGUUUGAUGCUAUUAUAGUUGCUGAAAAAUGGUUGGCCAUGUUAAUUGCUGAAAUAUUACUUGACAUUUUCAAUGAUCAUAGAAUAAUCCAUCCGAAAACCAAAGAAAUAAUUGUACAAGGAGUCACUUUGUAUUUGACUAAUCCUAAAUCAGUUGUUAUUCUACAAUCAGUUGAAAAAAAAUCACGACUGCGUGCUAUUAAAUCAAUUUUAAAACCGACGGAGCGAAAAAUGUGGAUCAAAACCAAUUUAAUAUUAAUGUUAAUUUGGUACGGUUCUGGAUUUGCAUUUCGUUAUGUACGACCGCCUCAUCUAAACAAUAAACACAUCUCUACACAAGGAGCACUUGAAGAAAUUGUGUUUUCUAACAUGGGCACUGUACGACCACCUGCUACCGUGUUACAAAAUGACAUACGCACGGUUAUAGCUCAAGACAAAGAAACAGCGUCUAAUUUUAUCAAUAACUCAUUGAAUUAUCUAAACUGGGCUUUUUCUGAGUUCAUAAGUUUAUUCCAAGAAAUAAAAGAUAUAAACGAAAACCAUACUGUUAUUUUUUCGUCGGAAGAAGUGAACAAGCUAAAAAUGUGUGGUAAAAGUUUUAUUUACACUGUAACAUUAUUACGUGUUAUUGAAAUGAUGAUUCAUUUUGACCGUAAUUUCAUAAUUGACCAAGAAGGAUCACUUGGCAGAGUCUUUCAGUUAAUAUGUCAAAUUCUCAAUCGUAUAAAUGCCUCAUCUUCUACGUUUAGCCGAAUUUUGCAAUUAUCGUUACCGCAUAUGGAAUGUGUACAUAAGUUUACAAUUCUUGUAGCUACAACUGGUGUUUUGUUAUCUAUGUUAGACGGUGAAAUAAAUAAAAAUGUUACAGAAGAAAAUGCUGAAAGACCCAGUAAGAUUUCCAGUAUCCCAGAGAUUACAGAUGUUUUAAUUUCAGAUCCAAAUUUUGAUUUGGCAUCAUUGGGCUUUAUUAUAUUACCAGAAAUCGAAAAUGAUGAACCGUUUUCCUUGAGUUUUUAUAAAACUUAUUUCACUGAGGAAGAACUUAAAAAAGUUGGUGAUAUGUACCAACAUUUGGAUUGGUACAUGAGAUGCCAUAAAUCUAUGGCUUCCAGCAUAAAUGAGGAGGAUUUGUGUAUAAUAUGUUAUUCAAAUAAAAACAACGUUACUUUGAGACCGUGUAAACACCAAUGCUGCAAAUUAUGUAUAAAUCAUCACGUACUUUAUUCACGUGUUUGUUUUUACUGUAAAGGAAGAAUUGAAUCAGUGGUGGAUGCUAAUAAUUCAUCGAUUGUAAUACAUGAUUUUGGAACUGAACCCCCACCGUUAUUGUGACCCAAAGAACUCAACUACAGACCAAUACAUAUUUAUAUAUCAUAUACAUAAUACAUAUAAUAGUUAUUAUUG